UCUCCCUGAUUCAGAUGGCCAUGAGAAAUGCCUCCUUUGUCUGGGAGAGACGCACUCCACGAAGACCUGCGGGGUAUGCCGGGCUUUUACACCUCAGGCCCGGAAAAACAGAGAGGCUCGGUUGAAGGCGCUCUUAUAUGAGCGCGCGCUAUUCCCGGCGCAGCCAGAGAAGCGGCUGCUGCCUUCAGCCUCCCAACCCGCCUCCCAGCCAUGCCAGCCGCUCACCUCUCCAACGGCUUCCUCCUCCAAGCGGCCGCGCUCUCCAUCCCCGCAGCGGCCGCGUUCUCCCCAGGCCUCGGGGGAGGAGCGUGGCCGCAAGAAGAAGAAGAGACGCAGGGACGCUGAGAGCUCAGCGUCAGCGACCAUGCGGCCGGCGCCAGAGGGAGGAACAUCCGGGUCUUCACAGGCCCCGCCCACCGCGGCGCAGAGGCCGCGUGAGGCCGGCUGGGCCACGCCAGGGACUUCUGGCCUUCAAGCGGGUGCGGCCCCCCUCCCCGAAGCGGAGGCGGGCCCCCGCGAUGGAACUCAGGCCGCGGAACCGGGCCCCCGGAUCCAGCGGCACUCGGCCGCCGCCGCGGGAUCGGAGGCCUGGGGUGAGCAACAGCUAUCCCCCUUCCGAAAAGGCCCGGGCGCGGCCCACGUGGCGUGUAGGCCAUCGCCUCCGCCUUCCCUUUUCCACUCAAGGAGCCCGUCCCAGGCCGGGCUCCCACAGUCUGUUUCCUCCCCGGGGCGCAGAGCAGGCUCUGGCAGCCUAGUAACAUGGCACGGCGACUCCCUGUACCGGGGCUACUCGGGCCGUGAGGAUUUUGUGCACCGCUCACCGGGAGGCCGUGCCUAUGUUUUCGGGCCUGUCCUCGUUCCGGAGGACCAUACUGCCCAGCCGCCAGUC